UGGGUAACUCAUUGGUGCUGGAUCCUUAAAAAAUCUGGAUAGGUUAUCUUGCAGGCACAUUUUUAUGAAAAAGGUGGCGAUCAUGUCCAAUUAUUACAUUCUAGUCAGUGACUGAAACCGUUUGGUGGACUGCUUCACAAAAAUAAAUAUAAGAACAAUGGAGGCGUUUUACAGCGCAAUACACUGGGAGAGGUACGUGUCUCUCUUUUUGAUUUUCUCUACCAUGCUGAACACAGCGUCUGCAGUUACACACUAUUCUAUUCCGGAGGAAAUGGAGGAAGGAUCUGUGGUCGCCAAUUUAGCCGCUGAUUUGGGUCUGGAUGUGAAAACAUUAACUAAACGGAAGAUGCGGUUAGAGAUAAUAUCCAAUAAAAAAUAUCUGGAUGUGAACAAAGAGACGGGGGAGCUGUACAUUGUAGAGAGAAUUGACAGAGAGUUUAUCUGUGCAAUUAAAACGUCUACAUCGUGUUAUCUUAAAAUGGAGGCAAUAAUAGAAAAUCCCAAACGCAUAUUCUACAUUGAAAUAGAGAUAAUGGACAUUAAUGAUAAUGCGCCUCAUUUUCGGAGGGACACCAUUGAUCUAGACAUUUCUGAAGCAACACAGGCUGGGGAACGUUUUUCUGUGAACAAUGCGGUAGACCCCGAUGUUGGGUCAAACUCCGUCAAAACAUACCUUUUAAGCGAAAGCGAUCAUUUUACCAUCGACAUUCAGACUGGUAGGGAUGGGUCAAAGUUUGCAGAUUUAAUUUUGAAAAAGGCUUUAGACCGAGAGGCGCAGGCCGUUCAUAAUCUGAUACUAACUGCGGUCGAUGGGGGAGUCCCCGCGCGCACUGGUACAGCCAGCAUCAUUGUUCGGGUACUAGAUACGAAUGAUAACGCCCCUCAGUUUGACAAGGAAACAUAUAACAUUUAUGUGAUGGAAAACUCUCCAAUUGGGAGCCUUGUGGUAAAACUGAAUGGAACGGACUUAGACGAAGGACCCAAUUCCGAUAUACUAUACUCAUACAGUUUGUAUACAUCUGAGAUAACACAGAACACAUUCGGUUUAAAUUCAAACACGGGGGAAAUAACGGUGAAGGAAAUGAUUAAUUAUGAAGACUUUAGGAUGUAUGACAUGGAGGUCAUAGCAACGGAUAAAGGAAUACAUUCUUUAUCAGGACAAUGCAAACUAAAAAUUAUAGUCACAGAUAUGAAUGAUAAUCACCCUGAAAUAUCCAUCAAAUCAUUCCAGAGUCCAGUCAAGGAGAAUGUAGCAGUAGAUACAGUGAUAGCAGUGGUAAGUGUCGGUGAUAAAGAUUCUGGUGAAAAUGGAGUAGUUGAUAUAAAAAUUCAGAAGAAUUUACCAUUUGCGCUUAGAGAAUCUUCUGAUAACUAUUAUGAAUUGGUGGUUUCAGAGCCUUUAGACAGAGAGAAAGUGCCAGAAUAUGACAUCACAUUCACCGUUACAGACAGGGGAUCCCCUGCGCUUUCUGACAAUGAAACUAUGACUUUAGAACUACUUGACGUUAACGACAACGUUCCACAGUUCCCUCAGUCGUUCUACACUAUACCUGUUACAGAGAAUAACGCACCUGGAGCCUUGUUAAGUUCCCUCACUGCGUUUGAUCCUGACCUCCAUGAAAACCAGUAUCUAGUUUAUUUUAUCAUAGAAAAGGAGAUAGUGAACACCUCCAUGUCCAUGCUGUUCUCCAUCAAUCCAGAGAAUGGUAAUCUUUACGCACUAAAGACGUUUGACUACGAAAUAGAGAAGGAGUUUCUUUUCCACAUUGAGGCCAGAGACUCUGGUGUCCCUCCACUCAGCAGUAACGUGACUGUGCACAUUGUUAUUGUGGACCAGAAUGACAACACACCAGUCAUCGUCUCUCCGUGGCGCGCACACGGGUCCGUGGUGGAGGAAAAGAUCCCCAGAUCCACCGAUAAAGGAUCUUUGGUUUCCAAGGUGAUAGCCAUAGACACGGACUCUGUACAGAACUCUCGCAUUACAUACCAGUUUCUCCAGGUGACUGACGCCACGUUGUUCAGUCUGGAUCAAUACAACGGAGAGAUCAGGACUAUGAGAAUGUUCAGUUACAGAGACCCACGUCACCAACGGCUGGUUGUCAUCGCCAAGGACAACGGAGAGCCUGCGCUCUCUGCUACAGUCACCAUCAAGCUCUCCACGGUGGAGACUGCUGUUAAAGCCUACUCUGACAUGACUGAAGUGCCUCUAGAAUAUGACAUCUUCUCUGACCUCAACCUGUAUCUGGUGAUCGGACUGGGCUCUGUGUCGUUCCUGUUACUGAUCACCAUAUUUGUCACCUGCGUGCUGAAGUGUCAGAAACCGAAGCCCAGCAAAGCGGCUCCUCCCUGCAGGAACAGCGUGAUCAGUGAGAGGAACUCCACCAUCGCGGAUUCCACCCUGGUCUCCAACGAUGCGUACUGGUACAGUCUGUUUCUAGCGGAGACGAGGAAGGGGAAGCUGGUAGUCAGACAGCCUGUGCCAAAGGGAUCCAGAUACAUCGUGUCCAGUAUACCAAGAAGCACGGGACUGACAGAGACCAGCGACUCAGCUGCUUCUACUCUGCAGGUAUGA